AGUUCCUCAUUUCCAGACUUGCAGAGGCAGAAACACAGCUCUUCCCUCUCUUUCCUGCUCUUUUCUCUUUUUCUAAGCUCUGUGGAAAGAUUCAGGAAAGCGCUUUAUUCAGCAUGUUUUUCUAUGAAAUAGUAUUCAUCCCUGGGAAAGAGAAGGACUAAGGAAACCCGACAUCUUUUCGUCACUGGGACAGAAUAUGGAAAUGUCACUGGUUUUCUUCUCUCAAUUAAAUAUGUGUGAAUCAAAAGAGAAAACUUUUUUCAAACUAAUGCAUGGGUCAGGAAAAGAAGAAACAAGCCUUGAGGCCAAAAUCAGAGCUAAAGAGAAAAGGAAUAGACUAAGUCUCCUUCUCCAGAGGCCUGACUUCCAUGGAGAGACUCACACCAGUAGGUCUGCCCUCUUGGCCAAAGAAACAAGAGUCUCCCCUGAAGAAGCAGUGAAAUGGGCUGAAUCGUUUGACAAACUGCUUUCUCAUAGAGAUGGAGUGGAUGCUUUUACCAGAUUUCUUAAAACUGAAUUCAGUGAGGAAAACAUUGAAUUUUGGGUUGCGUGUGAAGACUUCAAGAAAUGCAAGGAACCUCAACGAAUCAUCCUAAAAGCAAAGGCAAUAUAUGAGAAAUUCAUUCAGAAUGAUGCCCCCAAAGAGGUUAACCUUGAUUUUCAUACUAAAGAAUUAAUUGCUAAGAGCAUCACCCAGCCCACUCCCCACAGUUUUGAUGCAGCACAAAGCAGAGUGUAUCAACUCAUGGAACAUGACAGUUAUAAACGCUUUCUGAAAUCCGAGAUCUACUUACAUUUGAUAGAAGGAAGACCUCCGAGACCAACAAAUCUUAGGAGACGAUCACGAUCAUUUACCUACAAUGAGUUCCAAGAUGUAAAAUCAGAUGUUGCCAUUUGGUUAUAAGUAAAAGUCAUUUUUCUUCUUUUGACGGUACAUGUGUACAUCUGCUUCUAAAAUAUAGCUUGUAUAUAGUAAGAAAUGAUUUCACUUUUAAAAUACACCAGGCAAAAGAAUUUUUAAAUGUAAGAACUUUUAUAUUAUAUUAGAAUAAUUCAUCAUCUAUCUUCCAAAAUAUUUUAUGAAAAUGUAUCUGAUAUUCUAUUCAUAAUAAAAUCUUUAUUUCUGCAAUAACAGUAAGAAAAAGCUUUGUAAAUUGUUAAAGUAAAAUGAAAUCUUUGCAGUAAUGUCUCAUCUAGUUUGAAUUAUAUUUCUAAGCGAAAACAGUGUAUUUAGAUAACUGUAUAUACAGAAGAUAUUUUAUAUAAUGAUGGAUUGGAGCAUAUAGAAAUGACACAUUUUUUAUAAUGGGGAAGGAUGGACAUUUGUUGUUGCAUACUAAUUGUGACUACAGAUUAGCUAUUUAUCACUUCCACAUUUAAGGCAACUAAAAUAAAUAUUAUAAAAAUGCAUUUCUCUCUUCAUAUUAAAUGGAUAAUCUUAACCCAGGUAGAUAUUUGAGACUUCACUCCGCAGUCAUAUGUACUCUGAUGAACAUUCCCUAUUAGAUAAAGCAACACUUUUUUCAAAGGAGUGUGCUCAUAUUACAUAUCUCCACAUAUCCAUGGAGUAUAUUACUACCUUCUCUCCCAGUAAAUGAAUGAAGCACUGAAAUAACACCAACCAGUGCUUGAACUAGGAGGAUGUUACACUUUCACACAAGCAUUUAGGUCUCACAUUUGGAAUUUUAAAGUUGUGUAGAAGUUCAAACUCAGAGGUGGUGAAAAAUUAAAUCCACAAAUUUGACAACUUUGACAUCAGCAAACCCUGUUCUUUCAUUGUUAUUUCAAUUCUUGCCUAAUACUAUAUUAUACCGUAAGAUUAUACUAAUAAAUAGAUAUCUCUAUAUUAUAGAAAUGUUUAAUUGUAAUGCAUUGUGUGGUCUAUAAAAGUCUGUUAAAAAUGACAUGUUUUCAGAUUAGUAAAUGUAUGUAUCUUCAUAGAAGGGUAUAACAAAUUUAACAUCUACAAUAAUAAACUGUUAAAUUUACUUA